AUGGCUCCACCACCUGUCCUUUUCCUGGCCAAAAAAGCUGCCGUGAAGUCAGCGAGACUGGCUCUGGGACAACCGAGUGAGGUUUCACGUCUUGGUUUCGACACGGUGGUUUAGGCGGCGCUAAACAUCUCGUGCUUCUCUCCAGGCUUACUAGGGCUGCCUCCGGCUUGCAAACACGAGCACUGCCGGCGACAGCUCUUCGACGUGCCCUCGUCGCCUUUGGGGGAUUGGUAACGGACGCGUUCCUGUUGCUCGCCCCCCUCCCCGGUUUUAUUUCGCCUUCCCUCCUGCUCGGCCCCUGCCGCCCUCCCGCUGCGAGGAACGUGGGAACCUUUCUGCACCUCACGGAACCUUUGCUGCGGGAGCGCCUGUUGCUGCCCGGGGGAUCCUCUGGGUGGCUCCAGCUGAGGGGACGCUUUACUGUUGCGGACCCCAAGCGGAGGGAGAGAGGAGCGAGGAGAAGGAGGCGGAGGCGGCGACAACGACGCGGGUGAACGGGGGCCGGCGCGCCACCGAGAGCGCGCCGAGCGCCUCAGCCCCCGCUCCCUCCGCGGCCUGGCCCGCAGCCCCACCAGGAGGUGAGAGCCGGCCGCCGGCUGGAGUCGCGGACAGGGAUGCCUGCAUGGAGGGAGGGAGGGAGUGCACACAAAUGGAGGCGCCGGGGGAGCGGAUGGGCCCAGGGGUGGGAGGCAAAGCCCCUCCCCGCUCUCCUCGGCAGAGCCAGGCUCGGGAAGGGGGAAGGGAAGCAGGCCAGGCGGCGGCGCCCCGGGAAUACGCGGCUACCGCUCUGGCUCAGCCGAGGCUCGGGGGCGGGGAGGCCGGCAUGGGGUGGGGGAGGGAAGGGGGGGUCCGGGGACCGAGAUUAGCACCAAAGGGGUGUGCGCGUGCAUCUGGACAAAAGCACCCGAGUUAGUACACGUGAAGAGUGUUUUCCCCGAACAAUGAGGUGGGGCUCUCCGGCUCUCUGGAGAUGAAGGCAGCAAGCUAUGGAGACUUUUCAGGGAUGCUCAGGGAAGUGGCGCUAGGUGUUGUAACAACGGGAGAAAAAAAGAAAGUGGGAAAUCAUGCAUAUUACUCCGGGAAUGCAAUGUUCUUAACUGUGAGUGUGGGGUGUGUGUUAAAAAAUAAAAAAAAUGGGCAAACUCUUACAGAAAAGCUUGGAAUUUUAAAAGAAAGUACUAAACCGUUUGCAUAAUGUUAUACAGUGUGGAAAAUUGGUAUUAGAAAUGCAUUAUUUUUUUAAAGAGGGACUUAGCUACAACAUUAACUUUGAAUCAGAUCCUCUGUUUUUCUUUUUUUACCAGUUGUGGUGACUAGGAAAGAGAGGUUGGAAUCUGGUAAAACUUUGAAAACUUCAAAGUGGGAUGGCACCUGGCAGUCUGUCUUUUGAUCUCUGCCCUGUUUUAGAUUUCCUGACUUCUUUCACUCCCACUUGAUCUAAAUGUGGCUAGUUCUCACUUGCUUUAAUUUUAUUUUGUGCUAUAUUGCUUACUUAUCACAUUUGUGUCAUUGCUCUUUGAAAAGAAAAUUUCCUAAAGCUGUAACUGUUACUACCUCUAAGCAUGUACUGUACAGUAGGUGUUGUACAGAAGCAUGCUUUCUGCCUCUAGGGGUCGCAACCUACACAGAAAGGGCAGGGAGGGGGCAGGCCUUUAAAAAGUGAAUGUAUUUGGGGGGAAGUAGCAAAGGAGUCUGACAAAAUAUGAAUUUCUGUAGAGACAGCUGCUUUUGGUUGGUAGUGUGGAAGGGGGGAAAACACAACUGCCUUGUGUAUCCAUAUCUUUGUCUCAGUUGAAAUACUUUUUUGUGUGUGUGUCUCUCACCUGCACAGGAGAUACACAAGCUUCUGUGAAGGGACAACUCUUGGUAAGGGUAUUAAUUAGAAGACUGAAUAAUUUGUGGAGAGAGACAGAAGUAGAGAGGAAUUACUGUUGUAAUGAUUUGACUGAAUAACUUUUCUAUAUAGAACUUAAGACAGAGUUGUUUAGAUUGUUUGUUUAAUUAGGGUUCUGUUUUCUAGCAUUAGAUGGAAAGGUACAUCUUUGAGAUGAUGGUGUUGAUGAAGUGUGAGAACCUGGCAAUAGCCUGAAUGUGAUUGGAGAAUGAAAGAGAUGGGAUUAAUUUUAUUAGAUGCUUGUGCUAUGAGUGCUUGUGGUAAUUGUCUUUGUCAGAGGCAGAUAAGCAUGGGCUUAGAUGGGAGGAGUAGAAUCUCCAUCUUUAAUGAUUUAGUAUUAGUUAAAGAAAUUGUAAGAGAUGUAUGUCAGGAUGUUAGGACAUCCUGAUUAUCUUAGAAGUCAUGAAAAUAAGUAAGUAGGUAAGCCAGAGAAGGUACUGGAAACAAAUGAGGAAAAAUGGCCAGAUGACAUUGAGUUGUUCAAGAGGUAGAACUGAGAAGUGGAAAAGCUAAAGUUAGAAAUGUAAAGAGAAUGCCCAGAUAUAAGCUUGGUGUAUAUAUUACAUUUUGCAGAAACAAGAUUAAGGUAUUGUUUUCUGCAAAACUCUUGAGCUGCAGAAGCAAUUGAUUUGACUCUUAAUUCCCUAACUAGUUAAUCAAAACAGAGGCCGGUAAAGUAACAGCAUGCUGCUUUUAUAUGUUUGUUUCUGUGUGAGAGAGAUAUUUAUGAAAGAGAACCAAAAGGGAAGCAAAAUGUGGAAUUACCAGUUAUUUUAUCUUAUAUGAGCGUUCUCUGGAACUGUUACCACCUUUUGUGUCAGUGUGUAUAUCUACAUUUCCAUACCCCAUAGAGUAUAUGAACUUGCCUUACUUUUCCAUUUCUUCCCACUCUUUGGCUUAAUGACGUUUCACUACAGGUGGAAGGAUUGCUGUUGUUUAUAUAGCACCAUUGGUGUGUAUGGCAUUUUACAAAGUGGAAGAGGACAGAUCUUGCCCCAAGGAGUGUCUAAACUAAAAUUCAACACAGGGGAAACAACAGAGGAAGGGAAGUGACAGCAGAGGUAAACAGGGAACAAUAUGAUGUUGUUUCAGGAGCACAUUCUUAGACUUAAUUACAGGCUAAGUUACAAUAAGGCAUGGGAAUAAAGAUAUUGAGCCAAAAAUAUUUUCUUUCUUAAUUAGCAUGGCGCUUCUCUGCACAGGUGGGCAGAGAUCUUUUAGGCCAACUCAGUCUUUGUCUUCUUUGUAGUUGGGUUUCGUUUCCUUUGGGAGGCAAGUAUUUUACUCCCUAGUAAAUGUGUAUGAGUACUGCUUUAAUAUAACCUCAGAAAUGAAAGAAAUUUAGUUUCCUGGGCUUCUGAAAUUUUGUGUUGGUUCCUUAGGGAUUUUUAACCCCCCAGCUCUCUUCAAGUUUGUGGCCUAAAACUUAUUGGUGAUUCCCAGGAAUUUUGAAAUACUUUUCCAGAUGUUGUCAUCUCCCUAAAUGAUGCUAAACCUCUCGAGCCUCAGGUUUCCUUUUCCAAGUACUUGCAUAUGAGUAGUGGCAGGUUAUCUAAAAUUGAUUUUUCUCCAUGUGGACUAAUGAGAUGAACCAAGUUUGGGGGAGUUAGGAGGAUUCUUCAUGGUGUACAUGCUGAAGUCUGCAGGUGUUCUGCAUGUCUACCUUACCUUGUAGGCUCAUAUGUUGAUUUGGUCUAGGAGUGACAUACUGGGUGCAAUGCAAGUGUGUACUUGCUAGAAGAAUGGACACCAUUGUUAGAACUGAUUCUCCCUCUCCCAUGUGCACUCCCAAAUCUGCUUCAAAUAUUGGUGGGCUUCAAAAUCACAUCAUGCAACAUCACUCAUGUGAUGUCACCCACUGAAAUUCACACUUUUCUUUAUGGUCACACAUUGUCAUUAAUAUUAGGAUUCUGUUAAAAGACUUAGAAUAGGGCCAGUGAAGAGUUAACAACCUCUAAACUUGUGCUAAAGAAAAAACUACUAGCUUAAGUCAAUCAACCAUUUAACUUUGGUAAAUGUUUCUGUAAUGUUUAUAGGCACAUGAACAUUGCACAUGCUCCUUGUUGGCAGAGCAUCACUUGCAUAUCAGUACCGCCUUUUUUUGAAAGUGUAAUAGAAAUAAAGCAAUUGGAUGAAAUUAUGUGUCUAAUUUGUGUUUAGUUUCUUUGUCUGAUCAGAAUUUGAAUUUAUGCACUACUGUCAACUAGCACUUUUGUCUCUGGAAAAAUGGACUUGCUUCUUUGUAAACCUAGAUGCCUGAAAGGCUGUUAGGGACUCUCAGUGCAACAAACGCAGCCUACACUUGGUCAGAGUCACUCCCUUUAUUGUUACUUCUCGUACUUCAAUUCUGGGCCAUAGCAGUGAAAACAGGUCAUAUGUAAAAAUCCUGGAUUCCUAGCUCAAAGUAAACCUCAUCCAGUUUCCAGUUCCCUGUAUCAUUCUGAGUCAGGAGGCUGCUGAAAGGAGUUUUCCUCUUUACCAGUGGAGUAAAUUACACAUCUAUUUGUCUUCCAUAGACUAACACUGCUCUUGCCGGACAAGUAGGCAUGUUAAUUAUCUCCUUGCUAUGUACCAUCUUAUAUAACUAUUUUUAAAAUUUUCUUUAGAAUCUAAAAUAAUAAAGAAGUUUUAAAAAUAAUGCUCUGUUUAGCUUAGAAUUGACCACAUUGUAACAAUGAAGGAAAUGAUUGUAACCUGAUUUUGGCAACCCCUUGUUGAGCACUGGGACUCCAGUAUCUUUAAUAUGCCUAGCCCUAUAUCUACUGCCAAGGUGGGAAACCUUUUUGGCCUAGUGAGCCAGAUCACUGUCUGUCCUGCCCCCUUGGGCCAACUUUGACAGGUGAACAACCCACACAUCAAUCCCCUAACAUUAGUGCUUCCCAAGUGACUUACAGACAGCUUUUUGUUGGGCAUUUGAGAACUGCAUUACAGGGGCUUUGCACCAAGCAUAUGGUUGGUAAAGCUGUUUUCCUCAGGGAUCAGUUGUGCAAUAGAGGAACUUGGGCGCAGACCCAAUCCAGUAGGGUUAAAGUCACUGUUCAUCAGCUAUUGGAUGGUGACUUAAAAUGUGUCUUCUCCAGGUAUUGACUGCAUGAUUGAGUUCCCCAUGGGGAACUUGGUUUUACAGCUGAUCCACCCCUGCCUCUACCUGCCCCACAUUUGAAGUCACAUAUGAUGGCAGGUGGGCAUGGUUUGGGGGAAAUGACCUCAUGGGCCAAGUAGAGACAAUGGAUUAGAGUUUCAUAGAAUAGUAGAGUUGGAAAGAGCCUGAUGGUCAUCUAAUCCAACCCUCUAUAAUGCAGGAAUCUCAACUAAAGCAUCCAUGACAGACAGGCAUUCAGCCUCAGGUUCCCCAACCCAUGAUCUACUUGGACCUUAGGAUCCUCUUCAGAAGCCCUACUCUGGGUGCUCCUGCCAAAUGAAGUGAGGUGGCUACCAAGAGGAGGACCUUUUUGGUAGUGGCACUUGAGCUGUGGAAUGAUCAUCCCAACUCCAAAACCAGACAAUGCCUCAACCAAACAGCCUCCCAAUGCAAUAGAUGCAUUGUGUACUGCUCUUUUGAGUUAGUUUCAGGGGUAGAACCUAGCAAGGAAGGAUGUUAGAGUUCUUAAGAGACCAAGAGACAGCUAUGAGUAUUAAGAGUUUAAGGAGCAAAAGUCAUAGGCUGGAAUAUACCAGGAAAUACUGAAAACAAGAAGAUAAGGUUAGGGAAUUCAGUAGAUAGCUUUAAAGGCAAAGGCAAUGUGUUUGUGCUGGAUAUGGAGGGGGAUGGGAAUAAUUUGGACAGCAAAGUUCCUGAUUGUGGUGAGAGGACUACAUCUGCUCCUAUAGCACUAUUGGAUGAAUUACAGUUUACCAUGAUUCAGGAGCAUAAUACAGAGUAUGACCCAGAUCAAAACUGCUGGUUUAGAGCCUUCUUAAAAAGAUAGAAUGUUGGUUCCUUUAAAACGCUAAUUUUGUCUUUAAAAUAAGGGAAGCAUGCCAGAUACAUCUCUUGACAGGUUUAUUAGCCUGCUGGUAUAUUUUAUGAGAAUCAGAUUAAAUCCUGUUGCUGAAUGUGCCCAUUCAAAAUGUUCUGUGCUUCAUAGGCUACUAUAAAAGAGUAUUGUUGUUAGAUGUGUUGACAGGAAGGCAGAAGCGUAGGGCAAAGCCAAAGUGUGUGUUCUGAACUAAAUAUUUGUCUGCAUAAGGUUUUCUCUGGAGGUUUAGUCUGAAAGUUCCACAUCAUGCAGGACUUGUACAUCUAAAAAGCAUUUUUUGUUUCUUUCCUGAUAUGGUAGUGCACAUUCUUUUAUACCUUCUGUUUCAUUUAUCAAGAGUAUUUUAAUGAAUACUACACUAAUCUACUCCACACAAUGUUUUGCAGUGUGUCUUUCAAUUAUGCUCCUUAAAGUUGCCUUAGGCUUCCAUUAAUACCUGAUUUGAAGAAACAAAAAAAGAUACUAUGUACUAAAGUUGUACCUAAGGUACAAAACUACUCUAGAGUUACUUAAGCCUGCCUUCUUGUUACUUUUUGGUUUAGCUUUCAAUAUGAGGGCAAGAGAGCAAUAAGGAGAAAGGGGAUCAACAGAGGGGAAAGGAAGUGGUGCCACCCACUUCCUGGUUUGGCCCUGCCCACUAGCAGCAUGUAGAGACCUCCAGUGGAUUAUUUCUAAUGGAACGCAGCCCUUGAUAGACAAAGGUUGCCCUUCCCCAUCUUAAAAUAAUUCAUUUCCUCAGUAAGGAGAUGUUUACAACAAUGCCUUCACCAGUGAGCAUUGUUUCAUCAAGGGAGGUCUGAUUAAGAGUCGCUUUCUUAGUCUCAAUGAAGUAUUCCAGUAGCUACUGAUUUAUAGAAUAAUACCUUAAGCCAUAUUUCUUUCUGCACAGAAGAACAUACAGUGGUACCUUGGGUUACAUACGCUUCAGGUUACAUACGCUUCAGGUUAUACACUCCGCUAACCCAGAAAUAGUGCUUCAGGUUAAGAACUUUGCUUCAGGAUGAGAACAGAAAUCGUGCUCUGGCGGCGCGGCAGCAGCAGGAGGCCCCAUUAGCUAAAGUGCUGCUUCAGGUUAAGUACAGACCUCCGGAAUGAAUUAAGUACUUAACCCGAGGUACCACUGUACCGGUAUUUAAUAAACCCUUUGUAGAAAAGCACUGUCUGGUGGUCUUGAAGCUCUUGCCUUAAUGAAAAGAGAGAUUUCAAGUUUUUCUUCUGAAAUGUUUAGAGAAAAGAGAAUCAUUAGGCAAUUCAUUUUUAGAAAGUUGCAGAUGACGAAGAAGAGAUUAGUGAAGGUUUUAGAUGGCAAUCUUGUGCACACCAAUUUUAACUCAAAUUACAUGUUUGAUGAGGAAAUGGAUGUACAGUAAGUGUAAAAUACAGCUUGACUACCAAUCUUAGUAGCCUCUGAAGAAAAUAUACGCUAACCAUAUAGGAUUUAACCCCAUCCCUUGCUAUGUUAGGCAUAGUUGAAUGAAGCACAUGCAAUGAUUCUUAAUGAGAGAAUACUCAGAUGUUUUGCAGCAAAAGGCAAUCUACUUAUGGUGAAUUGCUCCCAGGCCAAAUCUGCAAUCAGUUGUAUGCAGAAGUGUCUUGCUCUAUUGACUUGCAUGAAGGCUGGUAGCAUUUUAAAAUGUUACUUACUGCCAAAGUUUGAGCAAGGACUCUUGUCACUUGUAAUGCAUUAUAACCUAAAUAAUAUAUAAAGGCUAAAAUUAUUUAUUGGGAGUAUGGGAAACCCAGCCAGAUGGGCAGGAUAUAAAAGUAUUAUUAUUAUUAUUAUUACUAUUAUUAUUAUUAUAUGUGUGUCCACCCAUUACAAAAUGUAGAAGGGAUUGGGGUGAUUGUGUUACUAGGAAUUUUAUUGGUCAAACAACAUUUUAUUUGUUACCCAGACUGUUCUGUCUGGACACAAAAGGUAUUGAGUCUUAUUCCUAGGAAAUAUUUUAUUUCUUAUCCUACCUACUCUCUUCCCUAGUUGAUCUCUUUUUGGUAGAAUUUAAAUACACAAAAACUAUUAUCAUGUUCACCACCCCAUAACAUUUCUCCUAAGAUAACCAUACCAGUUCUUUAUCCUUCUCUGUUACCUUCCAGAUCCUCCACAGACUUUAGUGCAAUAUUCUCCGUUUUUUUGGUGGUGGUGAUAUUUUUUAAAUAAAUAAAUAAUAACAGUAUUUAAGAGUAAACUGCCCUUCAGCUGAAAAUCUCAGGGCAGUUCACAACAGAUCCCACAAACAUUUAAAAGAACCCUAGUUGUUACUAUUAUUUAAUCCUUAAUUAUUUAAUCCUUAAUCAACCAAUGUAGAGUUGAUGUUCCAACAAAGACCUAAUUAAUGCUGUGGAGAAUGGCACUGUUACCUCCAGUGUUAUGUAUUUGAUGUGUCUGUAAAUGCAAAGCCAGGGGACUACCUUUUGUAACAUCUAGAUCAGGGAUUGUCAACCUGGUCCCUAACGCCCACUAGUGGGCAUUUCAGGAUCCUAGGUGGGCAGUAGGGGGUUCUACGGCACAAGCUGAAUCCUCCUUCCAUCGAGUGCUGGUGGGCGGUAAGGAAAUUUGACCAUCAAGAAAGAUGCAUUAGUGGGCAGUAGGUAUAAAAAGGUUGACUACCCCAAUCUAGAUCCUUCCUUGUGCAAGAACAUUACCACUUUGCCCACAUUUUGUAUCUAUUUGCAUAUUUUGCUUUGCGGUAAGAUUUUUUUGUUCAAUAGCAGUCCAGUGCUAUUAAGUUAUUCUUUCAAAACAAUUUUGUAUUAUAAUACUUCCUUGUGCAGUAUUUAUGGUUAUUCCCCUUUCUUCAUCAUUGGCUGAUAAAAUGAAUUUGCUGUCUGCUCCUUCUAAGUCACUAGUGUUGUUCAGCAUCACUGUGGCAGGCCAUUGUUGUCUAUUUAGUUUACUUUUCUUCUUUGGAUACUUAGUACUACUGUUUUCUGUUGCUUGAAGUUGUUUCCAAAGAAAGCACUGAGAUUUAUUAAAUUCUAAUGGUUGCAAAAUUAGCAGUUUGAUUAUCUUAAGGGGCUGUGCAACCUGAUUCUAUGCAGAGUUGGACAUAGCUAAGCCUAUUUAAUUUAAGAAUAGGUGUGCUUAACUUGGCGUUGGAUUGCAUCCUAGUGUUGGUAAUGAGAUAGAAGAGCAAAAUGCUUCAAGUGCCAAUCAGUAUGUUGCUAGUUGGAGGCAGGACUGUUGUAUAAAGUGAGGCUGGCCAAGCCUAAAGAAAUUCACAUCCAUAUUUAUGCAGAAGUAAGCUCUGUUCAUAGUACUCGUCUUUAGUUACAAUUUUUCAAUUGAUAAACUAAAACCACCCCAGAAUGAUACAUAAUAGUAUGCUGAUAGAUGCCAUCAUAGACAUGAAACUGAUGUUUAAAUACUAGACCUUUGCCUCCCAACAAAUAACAAAUAAGACAUUAUCUCCUUUUCCUAUGGAAGAAAGUAGAAUUUAUUUACCCAAUUCUUCACCUUGUACCUGGUUCUUUUUCUCAUAACUUUAUAAUUUUUAGAAGUUAUUCCACAUCACACGAUAUUCAUCAUUAAAUUCUGAGGAUGCUACUUAUUUCUUGGUGUCUGUAUAAAUGCAUAUAAACCCCUCUUCCAUUUCCUUCUGAAAAAUGCCAGCUUGCUGUGUGUGUCCCGCUAUACUAGGUAGAUGACAAGAUGGUUUUAGUAAGAGACAGUUGGGAAGUCUAGACUGAUUAUGACUAUUCAUUUGAAGGUAAUUGUUCAUCAAUUUGAAAAGAGCACUACCUACAGCACUAAAAUGCUGAAUGUGUGGGGUAGGGUAGGUUGGAAUAGCCUACCCAUAAAACCUGAGAUGUGGGUAUUAGCUGGACAUAUUAUGUAAUUCUCCUUGGUAGAUGGUUCUGAACUGGGUCAAUCUUGUGUGAGAAAUGAGGGCAGGCUAAUGUCUGUAAUUCUUACCUGCCUGUGGUGCAGUGUUAGUGUUGUAUAUUUGAAGUUUGCCAGGCUAGCUGGAAGCCCUCCAGAGAAGCACUGCUUAUGCAACUGAAAUAGGCUAGCUACUAGGAACUGGGAUGAGGGUGCAGACGUGAAGGGCUGAUUACAUGACGAAACCGACGAAACCCUCAAAGAAGUUACUUAAGGGUUACUUAACUUUUUAUUUAGCCUUGUAGUUGAGGAGUUGGUUGUCAGAGCAUAUUAAUAAGCUAACUGUUAACUAGUCCAUUGAGCAUUGUAUUAAUGUAAGCUAAUGUACAUUCCCUUAAAAUCAGUGGGAUUUAGUUAGUUUUUAGAAUGUAUUUUUUUUGCCAAGGUUCUUCAGGUUGUAGCUGAUAACCUUACAAGUGUUUACUUAAAUCUUAUUGGUAUGAAACUUGUCAGUGUGAAAGUCUAAUCUAGUUUGCAAUUAAAGAUUUUAUCUGAAACCAUGCAGUAGCAUUACAUUUGCCUGUUGAAAUCCUUAUUUUCAGCUAUUGUGCUUUAUAAUAAAUAGGCUGAAACCAUGAGACAUUUAUUAGGAGUUUGUUAAUAAAUGAUGGUUUGUUGUCCCUUUUCCUUGCUACCUGGUUUGGAAGCAUUAUGUGUUUUGCUGUACCCAGAUAGUAUGCCACCUCUAAAAUGAAGAGGGCUGUUUGCACUUUUUGAAAAGAUGUUUAUUUUUUUUUUUUUUAAAUAUUUUUAUUGCAUUUUUUCCACAUAGAAAUACAAAGUCGGAUAUACAAAGAAAUAACAGAAAAGAAAAAGAAAAAUAAAAAAAUAAUCUUUCCCAAGCAUUUUUCUAUAACCAACCGGACUUCCCACGUCUCCCUCACCUUGCGUUCUUUACAAUAAAAUUUUUCAGCAAAUUAUAACCUUAUUUUGUGCAUUCUUUUGUUCUUUCAAAUACUUAUGGUUUACGUUUAAAAUGCUUAUUGUCAAUUUACACUAAUAACAUAUAUAAUGUUCUUUUAAACAUUAGUCCUUUCAUUAAUAUAGCUUAGUUUCCCAUACCUUAAUCUUAUUGCUGGAGCUGAAUUUCCCUAAUCAUGCGAAUUCUUAACAUUCAUAUAACUUAUAAAAUCUUUGUAAAUAAUCUUUAAAUUUGUUCCAAUCCUCCUCCAUUGCUUCUUCUCCCAAAUCUCGGAUCCUGGCAGUCAUCUCAGCCAAUUCCAUGUAGCCCAUCAAUUGCGUCUGCCACUCUUCCAGUGUGGGUAAAUCUUGAGUCUUCCAGUAUUUUGCGAUAAGAAUUCUUGCUGCUGUAGUUGCAUACAUAAAAAGGUUCUAUCCUUCUUUAACACCUUCUGGCCGACAAUGCCCAGUAGGAAGGCCUCUGGUUUCUUGGGAAAGGUGUACUUAAACACCUUUUUAACUCAUUAUAGAUCCUUUCCCAGAAGGCCUUCACUUUUGGGCAAGUCCACCAGAGGUGAAAGAAUGUCCCUUCAGCCUCCUUACAUUUCCAACAUUUAUUAUCAGACAAAUGAUAUAUCUUAGCAAGCUUGACUGGGGUCAUGUACCACCUGUAUAUCAUUUUCAUAAUAUUCUCUUUCAAGGCAUUACAUGCCGUGAAUUUCAUACCAGUGGUCCAUAACCUUUCCCAGUCUUCAAACAUAAUGUUGUACCCAAUGUCCUGAGCCCAUUUUAUCAUGGCUGAUUUGACUGUCUCAUCCUGAGUGUUCCAUUUAAGCAGCAAGGUAUACAUUCUCGAAAGUACCUUGGUUUUUGGUUCCAACAAUUCUGUCUCUAGUUUCGAUUUUUCCACCUGGAAGCCUGUUCUUUUGUCCAACUUAAAAACCUCUUGAAUUUGAGCAUAGUGAAGCCAAUUUUGCACCUUAUUCUUUAAUUUUUCAUAACUCUGCAGCCUCCAAGUUUCUCCUACUUUUUCUAUAAUUUCCCCAUAUUUCGCCAACCAACCUCCAUAUUAGGUUUUUCCGGGCCUUGGCCUCUGCUGGUGAGAGCCACCUCGAGUCUUACCUUCUAAUAAGUCCUUGUAUUUUGUCCAGACCAUGAAUAUUGAUUUUCUAACAAUAUGAUUUUGAACAUUUUAUGAACCUUUACCUUGUCGUACCACAAAUAUGCAUGCCAACCAAAAGCGUUAUCGAACCCUUCCAGAUCUAGGACAUCAGUGUUCUCAAGAAGUAACCAAUCUUUCAUCCAGCAGAAGGCCGCAGCUUCAUAAUAUAAUCUCAGGUCCGGCAGGGCAAACCCCCCUCUUUCUUUCGAAUCAGUUAGUAUUUUAAACUUUAUCCGGGGCUUUUUGCCCUGCCAAACAAACUUGGAUAUAUCCUUCUGCCACUUUCCAAAACAUUCCACUCUGUCCACAAUCUGUAGGGUUUGGAACAAAAAUAACAUUUUCGGCAAUACAUUCAUUUUUAUAGCUGCAAUUCGACCCAACAAGGAAAGUUUCAAUCUUGACCAGAUUUCCAAAUCUUUUUUGAUUUCCAGCCAACAUUUUUCAUAGUUGUCUUUAAAUAAAUUCAAAUUUUUCGCUGACAGGUGAACCCCUAGGUAUUUCACUUUUUUACCACACUUAGUUCUGUUUCCUUCUGAAACCCAUCUAUUUCUGAAGGUGUCAAGUUUUUCCCAAAACCUUGGUUUUUGCUUAUUCAACUUAAAUCCCGCCACCCGACCAAAUUCAUGAAUCAGUUCUAAUACUCUUUUUGUACUAGAUUCUGGCUCCUGUAAUGUUAAAACCAAAUCAUCUGCAAAAGCUUUCAAUUUAUAUUGUUUCGCUCCGACCUGUAUUCCUUGUAUCAACCGGUCCUUCCUAAUCAUGUUCAAUAACACCUCCAGGACUGAAAUAAAUAAAAGAGGGGAUAGGGGCACCCUUGUCGUGUCCCUUUUUCAAUUUUGAACUCAUCUGUCACCACAUUGUUCACUAUCAGUUUAGCUUUUGCUCAGAAUAAAUUGCUUCUAUUCCAUUUUCAAACCCCGUCCCACUCCCAUCCCUUCCAAAUUUCUCUUCAUAAACAUCCAAGAAAUAUUAUCAAAGGCCUUCUCCGCAUCGAUGAAAAUUAAAACAGCUUUCGUAUUGAUAUUAGUUUGUAAAAGUUCCAAAAUAUCAAUAAUGUUCCUAGUAUUAUCAAAGAGAUGUCUCCCUGGGAGAAAGCCUGCCUGGUCCUUAUGAAUUACUUCAUUAAGUAUUUUUAAGUCUGCUCGCCAAAAUAUCAGCAAAAAUUUUGUAAUCCACAUUUAGGAGUGAGAUGGGACGGUAGUUCUUAAGCUGAGUCUUUUCAGAUUCCAAUUUAGGAAUCAAUGUGAUGAAAGCUUCUUUCCACGUUUCCGGUGCCCUCCUCCCUCCAUAAUCUGGUUACAGACCUCCAUUAGUGGUUGUAUCAAAUAGUCUUUUAGUGUCUUAUAAUACUUGGAGGUAAGUCCAUCUGGGCCUGGAGAUUUGCCUAGUUGCAUAUUCUGAAUGGCACCCUCUAUUUCCUGUUGUGUUAAUCUAUUAUUUAAGAUUGUCCUCUUCUCCUGAGAUAGUUUUGAUAAACCGUUAACUUUUAAAAAUUGAUCUAUCUCAGACAUUUCCUGAGGCCCUUGUGUAUAAAGUUUUUGAAAUAUUUCUGAAAACACUUUCUAAUUUCUUCUGGUUUCUGAAUGUUUCUCCCUUCCACCUCUAGAUUAGUGACAAAGUUCAAUUUUUGUCUCUUUUUCAACUGCCAUGCUAGCAGUUUUCCACAUUUAUUUGCCGAUUCAAAUGAUCUUUGUUUCAUUUGUUUAAUUUUCCAUUCCACUUCUUGAUUUAUCAAUUUCGCAUAUUGAGCUUGGUGGAAUUUGAUUUCUCUUAAAAUCUCUUUUGAUUUUGGUUUUAGUCUCAAUUUUUUCUCUCCUUCUCUUAUCUUCUCUAAUAUCCUGUCUUUUUUUCCAUUCCAAAGUUUUUUCUUGAUUGUGUUCUGUUGUAUCAGAAACCCCCUCAUUACAGCUUUACUUGCAUCCCAAAUUGUUCUCUUUUCCACCGAAGUGUUCAAAUUGAUUUCAAAAUAGUCCUUUAAAGUUUUUGGGCCUUCUUCACAAUCUCCUGAUCUCUUAGUAGGGUGUCAUUCAUUUUCCAUCUGAAAGAACCGGUUGGAGUAAGUCUCAAUUCCACUUUCAAAGCAUUAUGGUCGGAGCAAGUCUUUGGACAGAUUUCCACUUUUCUGAUCUUAGGUGCCAGUCCUCUAGUUGUCCAUAUUUGGUCGAUUCUUGUCCAUGAUAGGUGGGCCUCAGAAAAGAAUGUUCCUUCUUUACCUAAGGGGUUCCUUGUCCUCCAAAUAUCAAUCAAGUCCAUGUUGUCAGUUAGUUCAAAGAAGGUUUUAGGUAGUCUGCCGUCUUUAGUUAAAUUUUGAUUUUGUGACUUAUCCAUGUGAGUAGAAACCACCCCAUUCAUAUCACCCAUCAUUAUGAUGUUAGUAUAGUCCAGAUAGUCCAGCAUUAUCUCAUGCAGCUUCUUGUAAAAUUCCGAUUUCCCUCAUUUGGUGCAUAUAUUCCUAAAAUCAAAAACUUUUCUCCUUGUGUUUGUAUCUCAAUUGCCAAAAUUCUUCCUUGCUCAUCUUUAAACAGAAGUUUCGGUGACAGGUUCUCCUUUGCAUAAAUCACGAAAACAGUGAGGUGAGGUUCCCGGACCUCCUGUAGCGACACCCACUCCUCGCCGGAAACUGUCACGCAGAGAGUCCAGAAGACGUGUUUCCGUUAAGGAGCUUUUAUGUUGGAAGCGAUUACGAAAGCAACCACUGUCGGAAUCUUCUAGUGACUAGAGGAGCCAUGUCAGAGGGGCUCAGUCACAGACAGAGGUUUGUGGACUUGAACAAACUCUGAGGGAAUACGAUUUUACGCACAAGCAGCUCAUAAUCCCAUCACACCACCCCAGAAUGAUACAUAAUAGUAUGCUGAUAGAUGCCAUCAUAGACAUGAAACUGAUGUUUAAAUACUAGACCUUUGCCUCCCAACAAAUAACAAAUAAGACAUUAUCUCCUUUUCCUACGGAAGAAAGUAGAAUUUAUUUACCCAAUUCUUCACCUUGUACCUGGUUCUUUUUCUCACAACUUUAUAAUUUUUAGAAGUUAUUCCACAUCACACGAUAUUCAUCAUUAAAUUCUGAGGAUGCUACUUAUUUCUUGGUGUCUGUAUAAAUGCAUAUAAACCCCUCUUCCAUUUCCUUCUGAAAAAUGCCAGCUUGCUGUGUGUGUCCCGCUAUACUAGGUAGAUGACAAGAUGGUUUUAGUAAGAGACAGUUGGGAAGUCUAGACUGAUUAUGACUAUUCAUUUGAAGGUAAUUGUUCAUCAAUUUGAAAAGAGCACUACCUACAGCACUAAAAUGCUGAAUGUGUGGGGUAGGGUAGGUUGGAAUAGCCUACCCAUAAAACCUGAGAUGUGGGUGUUAGCUGGACAUAUUAUGUAAUUCUCCUUGGUAGAUGGUUCUGAACUGGGUCAAUCUUGUGUGAGAAAUGAGGGCAGGCUAAUGUCUGUAAUUCUUACCUGCCUGUGGUGCAGUGUUAGUGUUGUAUAUUUGAAGUUUGCCAGGCUAGCUGGAAGCCCUCCAGAGAAGCACUGCUUAUGCAACUGAAAUAGGCUAGCUACUAGGAACUGGGAUGAGGGUGCAGACGUGAAGGGCUGAUUACAUGACGAAACCGACGAAACCCUCAAAGAAGUUACUUAAGGGUUACUUAACUUUUUAUUUAGCCUUGUAGUUGAGGAGUUGGUUGUCAGAGCAUAUUAAUAAGCUAACUGUUAACUAGUCCAUUGAGCAUUGUAUUAAUGUAAGCUAAUGUACAUUCCCUUAAAAUCAGUGGGAUUUAGUUAGUUUUUAGAAUGUAUUUUUUUUGCCAAGGUUCUUCAGGUUGUAGCUGAUAACCUUACAAGUGUUUACUUAAAUCUUAUUGGUAUGAAACUUGUCAGUGUGAAAGUCUAAUCUAGUUUGCAAUUAAAGAUUUUAUCUGAAACCAUGCAGUAGCAUUACAUUUGCCUGUUGAAAUCCUUAUUUUCAGCUAUUGUGCUUUAUAAUAAAUAGGCUGAAACCAUGAGACAUUUAUUAGGAGUUUGUUAAUAAAUGAUGGUUUGUUGUCCCUUUUCCUUGCUACCUGGUUUGGAAGCAUUAUGUGUUUUGCUGUACCCAGAUAGUAUGCCACCUCUAAAAUGAAGAGGGCUGUUUGCACUUUUUGAAAAGAUGUUUAAAUCCAGGUGGGUUGGUUGACUCAGCUGUGUGGAUUUUGUAGGAGAUGACAUCUUUAUGUACAAUUGAAGAUCUAGACUCAACCUGGUUAUUUAUGUUCAAAAAAUAGACACACUCUCUCAUCUUCUUCCACUUGGAAGGCAGAUUUUUGGAAGGCCAAUUUUAAAAAAACAAAUAAGCAGCUUUUGAGAACCAUAAACAUCAGAAUUUAGCACUGCAGCUUUUUAAGAGUUGUUUUGUAACUGGCUUCUCCGUCUCCUGUGUUUUUCUCCCUGCUUUUUCUUACUCUUUGUGCCUCCAUUUCUCUACUUACUCUGAUUAGAAUAUGAUAUCUUGUGGAUAGAGAAGUGACAAGCAACCAGGACAUGUUUGUGAACUCCAGAUUUUGAUAUAUUCAGAAUAUGUGAACUUUCUGCUUCUUAUUUUGCCCCAAAUAUACAAAGUCGUUAUGGUUACUGUUUUGAGGGGUGUUUUGAUGUUUAUAUAUUAAUAUAAAGUUGAGGUAAUUUUAAUCUCUUUUAGUAUUUUAACUUUUGUAUUUUAUGGGGAAAUAAGAGUUGUGGAUCAUCAGCAUAUGGGUGGCACCUCGCCCCAAAACUCCUAAUGACCGCUCCCAAUGGCUUCAUGUAGAUAUUGAAUAGCAGCGGACAUAAUAUAGUUUCCUGUGGCAUCCCAAAAAGGCACUCUCCCCAAUAAUACUACUCUCCCAGUUCCAGUCCCGAAGCUAGGAAAGGAACCACUAUAAUACAGUGUCCCCAUCCCCAGAGCCGAUCCAGGAGGAUACAGUGAUAUGAAAUGCCAAUGAGAGAUCAAGAAGAAGAAGCAAGGGUGGGGGGCCUCUUCAGUGUUUCUAAUCAAAGGGUAACAGAAAUUGGAAACAAACAGAAGAUACAAAAGAGAUAUUUUUCACAUCCACAGAGAACACAGUGUAUUUCUUUGUUAAUUUGAACUCACAGACUUCUACACUGUAUGUAUAUUACAUUUUUAUGCUCAAGAACUAUUACAGUGGUACCUCAGGUUAAGUACUUAAUUCGUUCCGGAGGGCCAUACUUAACCUGAAACUGUUCUUAACCUGAAGUACCACUUUAGCUAAUGGGGCCUCCUGCUGCUGCCGUGCCACCGGAGCAUGAUUUCUGUUCUCAUCCUGAAGCAAAGUUCUUAACCUGAAGCACUAUUUCUGGGUUAGCAGAGUCUGUAACCUGAAGCGUAUGUAACCUGAAGUGUAUGUAACCCGAGGUACCACUGUACCAAUAAAAAAUGGAAGGGGUGACUACCUGCAUACACAGGGAAGGAGGAGAGAGAAGGAUGAGUGCUCUAGAAUAGCAACAUGUUUGUACUCUAAAUUCCAUUAUACGGGGCAAAAAAAUGGAAAAGCAAGCAGCUGGUUACACCACCAGCAGCAGUUCUGAGGCAAAGAGAACUUAGGCAUCAUUGCCUCCAAGUAAAUGCAUGUCAUUUCUCCAGGUUAUACCAUUAGCAUUCUCAGCUGUAACCUAUAUCAUACAGUUUGGAUGAAGCCAUUGUACUCCUUAUUCUCCUUUAAUAUCUUCUUCUUCCUCUGAUGUUAAUGGCUAUCACUGCUCACAAAAAGUCCAGUUAGUGACUGUAGAGUCUGGAAAGCUUACAACGAACUGGGGUUAAGCUGUAUCAUACUAUGCAAUCUAUUGUGCUUGAUUUUAAUUUCCUCAUGUUUUUUCUUGCUCUUUUGUAGGGCUGCCUUAACACAGAUCAUGAGCAGGUAA